AUGGGAAAGAGGACCGCAGAGGGGCAGCGCAAGGACAAGGGCUUGACCACCCUGGAAAAGAGCCUGAUCUUCCUGUUUGUGCUCCUGACUGUUGUCUGCGUCGGACUCGUGGUGCUCUAUGUCCUCGAGAAGGAUGGAGGGUCCUCGGUGGAUUCCACGUGCAGCGGCACGCAGCAGCUGGCCGGUCUGUCGGGAGAGUUCGCCAGUGGGAAUUACCCCAGCAGCUACGACAACGGGCAGAGCUGCAGCUGGGACAUCACCGUCAAUCCAGAUAAGGUGAUCCACCUGUGGUUUGAGGACUUCUCUCUAGAGGAAUCCCUCUCGUGUUCAGCGGACUUUGUCUCGGUGAAAGACAGCCUGGGCAUUUUCGGAAAGUUUUGCGGCUACUCCAACCCCAAGCCUUUGGUAACUUUGGGAAACCACUUGGUGGUGUACUUUGACUCCAACGACCGAGGAACGGACAAAGGCUUCAAAGCCCGUUACAAGGCCGUCACCCCAGAUAGUACAGCAGAAAUAGUGGGAGCUGGGGGCUUCUUGGAGGGGGACCACGGAGAGCUGCAGACCCCCGGGUUCCCUGGGAAGAACUAUGAGAACGGUGCCGUUUACCAGUGGAGGGUCACUGUGCCUGCGGGGGAGAAGGUGAGGCUUUCGUUCUCCACCUUCGAUCUGGUGCCCGAUGCCUGCGGGGACUUCGUGGACGUGUUUGACGGCUACGGCGACGGCUCUGCUAGGCUGGGUCGGUUCUGCGGCGGCAAGGUGCCUGGCCCAGUUGUGUCCAGUGGCAACACCAUGACAGUACGGUUCACGACAGAUGGCACCCACACUGCCCAGGGCUUCCAUGGCAUCUACACUGUAGCUAGUGCCCCGCCUCCUACCACUGCCACGCCCACAAGCACGGCCCGCCCUACAUCUGCCGUUGCUACUUCCACACCCAACAUGUCCACAACACCACAGCCUUCCGAUUCGGGUUGUGCGUCAGACAGUGAGCAGAGCGGCCGGAAAGGGGUCAUUAGUUCCAAGGGUUUCCCGGAGCCUUACCCAGCCAACCUCGAGUGUGCGUGGACCAUCCGGGUCUCCCAGGGCCUGCUGGUUAAGUUGGAGGUGACCGACAUGGCCGUGGUGGGCGAGGCGGGUCAGUGCGGCGCUGACUAUCUACUGGUCUCCGACAGCCUGCAGUCCCUCGGGUCCCACUGUGGCUUCAUCCUCCCUCCAGUGCUCAUCAGCUCCAGUAAUGAGCUCUCGCUCAGCUUCCAGUCGGACGCGCGCCUCGCCGACCGCGGCUUCUCCGCUAAAUGGGAGGCCGUGUAUCCAGAGGACAUUGGCGAAAUCCAGGGGUGCGGUGGAGCAUCCCGAGAGACAACCGGGGUUAUAAAGUCCCAGAACUGGCCAGCGAAUUACCCCGGUAACAGCCAAUGCCUGUGGCGCAUCGAGGUGCCCCCAGGAGAGAAGAUCACCCUGAACUUCACGUACUUUGACGUCGAGGAGGCCAGCAUUCUGAUCGGCAGGUGCUACGAUGAGGUGGUUGUUUAUGAUGGUGCGACCCCAGGGGCCAAAAAGUACGGUCCGUAUUGUGGGUCCAAACUCCCUCCUAGCAUCCACACGACGGGAAACACCCUGCUGGUGCGCUUCCAUGCCGACUUCUUCACCGAAGCGAAGGGGUUCCGGGCCUAUUGGACGACAGACGCCUUGCGGCCUGAACCCACGGAGCCCCCGCCUCUUCCCAACCCCUGGGACAACAUCCCCAUCGACUGGCCCUCGACAUGCGGCAAACCUACGAUCGCUCCCGUGGUUGGAACCCGCAUCGUCAACGGGGAGCCGGCAAAGCCCCAUUCUUGGCCCUGGCAGGUCUCCAUGCAGGUUUGGCCCGCCAGCCAGCAGACCCCCAAAUUCUCCCACACGUGUGGCGGGACCCUCAUCCACAGAAACUGGGUGUUGACAGCAGCCCACUGCUUCAUCAGGUACGCAGACGAGCUGCAGCGCUGGCGGAUGUGUCUGGGCAAACAUAACCUGACCUUUGAGGAGCCUGGAGAAAAGUGCUUGGGCGUGAGGGGCAUCUACCGGCACGAAGGCUUCCGGUACCCACAGGUGCCCACUGUGGAGUUUGACAUUGCGUUGGUGCGUCUGGAUGGGGAGGUGGUCCCCAGCGACCACAUCGGCUACGCCUGCCUGCCGCCUUUGGAGGAGAUGCUGCCCAAGGACAAGAAGUGCUACGCCACCGGCUGGGGAGAUGAGACGGGUAACUCGAUGGCGCCGAAAGCGGCGGAAACCCUGAACCAGGUGGCCCUUCCGGUGAUCUCCUGCGAGACAUGCAAGAGGAUGGACUACUGGUGGUUCCAGGUGAAGCCGUCCAUGAUCUGCUGUGGCUACACCAAGCCGGACGAGCUGAAGUCUGUGUGCCAGGGCGACUCGGGAGGUCCUUUGGUCUGCCAAGACACCCCCGGCGGCCCCUGGGAAGUCCACGGCAUCACCAGCUUUGGACCCAUUGGCUGCAUCAUGGACAAGAAGCCCAGUGUCUUCACUCGCUCCUCCGCCUACAUCUCCUGGAUGGAGAACGUCAUCCGCAAGGACAUCUACGACCUGCACACAUCUGGAUGUGGGGGUCCCAUGGACUUGGUAGGUUCUGGAGGCAGCCUGUCCUCCAUGAACCAUCCUGGUUUCUAUAGCAACGGCGCACAAUGCCGGUGGAGCAUCCAGGGACCUGCUGGCAAGCUGGUCCACCUCCGCUUUGAGACCUUCUCCUUAGAGGACAGUCAGCUCUGCAUCAGCGACAAGGUCAACAUCUCCGACCAAAUAGGCAGCCUGGGAACUCACUGUGCCAGUGGCGUUCCUGCUGAUUUAGUGAGCACCGGCGAGACCCUGACACUCCAGUUUUCAUCCAACGGUCGGGUGGUGGACAUCGGUUUCCUGGUCACAUGGAGAGCCGUGGACCCUGUGGACAUCCCCGGUGUGGCUCAGUGUGGAGGUCACUUCACCGGCGAGCAUGGCGAGAUUGUGUCCCCCGGCUGGCCCACUGCCAACUACCCCCCCAGGCAGGUGUGCACCUGGCGCAUUGCGGUCCCUUCAGCCAAGAGCAUCUACAUCAGCUUCACCGACUUCCAGCUGCAGGCCAAGAACCUCCUGGGAGCGUGUGUGGACUACGUGGAGGUGUAUGAAGGAGAGGGUGCCGGCUGGACUCGGCUCGGGGCCUUCUGUGGGUCUCUGGUUCCGCCCACUCUGAAUAUCACUGGAAAUACAGCUGUGAUUCGCUUCAUCAGUAACCACGCAGGGCAAGAGAAGGGUUUCCAGGGCUACUGGACCACCGACCCCAGUGUGAUCCCCCAGCUCACGAAUCCUUGGGAUGAUAUCAGCGUCGACUGGCCAGCGACAUGCGGUGUGCCUGUCGUGCCCCCCAGGACCCCAGAAAGCAGGCUAUUGAACAGCGUGGAGGCAGAACCGCACUCCUGGCCCUGGCAGGUGUCCCUGCAGGGCCGUCUGUUCCCCACCAUGGCCUUCCAGCACGCGUGCGGGGGCUCCUUAAUUCACCAGGAGUGGAUUCUGACAGCAGCCUACUGCUUCACAGAGUGA